AUGCACCAAACUUCCAUUCAUAUGCUGCAAUACGGAAAGGAGGAUAGAGACAGAGAGAUGGCGGAAAUGCUUUACAAGGCGGCCGCCGAGGGGAAUGUACAAGCCUUGCGUAAAAUCAUUGAGAAAGAUGGAAUUAUUCUAGAGAGAAUUACAGUGGAGGACUUUGGCGAAACUCCUCUCCACGUGGCAGCAAUGUGCGGACACUUAGAUUUCGUCAAAGAAACUCUGAACUUGAAGCCGCAAGGCCCCCGACUGGCCUCAGAGUUGGAUGGCCGGAAGAGGUCUCCCCUGCACCUGGCGUCGGCUAAAGGCCACUUAGAGAUUGUAAAACUGUUAAUAUCGGCUGAUCCUGAAAUGUGUAAAGCCCAGGAUAGAGAUGGAAGAAACCCUCUGCAUCUUGCGGCCAUCAAAGGCAGAGUCCGUGUCCUUGAAGAACUAGUCGGAGCCAGAAGGGAGGCGGCGGAGGACAGGGUGGGUCACACGGGAGAGACCAUUUUGCAUCUCUGCGUUAAGCAUAACCAGUUUGAGGCUCUGAAGUUGCUGAUGGAGAAGACGGUGAAUCACGUGAAUUCCAAGGACGCUGACGGCAACACCAUUUUACAUCUAGCUGUCUCUGACAAACAAGUGGUGGCCAUAAAAUAUAUGCUCAAUCUUCCUCAAAUAACAAUAGAAGUAAAUGCCAGGAAUGCAUUUGGGUUCACAGCAUUGGACAUACUAUUUCAAAGUAGAAGAGAUGUGAACGAUUUAGACAUUAGAGACUCCCUUGAAACAGCAGGGGCCUCGAGAGCAGCACGGAUUCAAUCUGCUACUACCGCAAAUGAUGCCACACCAAUUACACAGGAGAACACCGAAAACGAAAAGCACUGCUGUUUAAGCUUAAUUGCACAAUUCAAAAAGUUCAAUAAAAAGGACCCUGAUCCAGAAAACAAUCUUAAUCAAGGGAAAUGGUUAGCAAAGAAGAGGGAUACGUUAAUGGUGGUGGCAUCCCUUAUUGCAACAAUGGCUUUCCAAGCCGGCCUAAACCCACCAGGUGGCGUUUUUCAAGACAGUACACCGGUAGACUCCCAAGGUAAUCCUAUUGACCCAAUUCCUCAUAGAGUAGGAGAAGCUGUGAUAGCUUAUACUUAUCCAGAUUCAUACAAGUAUUACCUACGGUCCAACACCAUUGGGUUUGUUGCAUCUGUAAGUGUAAUAUUGUUGCUUAUAAGUGGGUUACCAUUCAAGCGCCGAGGUUUCAUGUGGAUUAUGAUGGUGAUUUUGUGGUUGUCAAUCACCUCCAUGGCCUUUACUUACGCAUUUUCCACCACUGUGCUAACUCCCAAGACAGAUAGGAGAGCUCUCAAGCGUACAAUGUAUGUUGCAGUUCCAGUAUGGUGUGGAUUGAUGGCCAUCCUUCUUCUUGCACACACAUUGCGGUUGGCAGCCAAUUGGUUGCAAAACAAGAAAAAGAAAUGGGCGUGGCCGUGUGGAAGCUCUUCAAGAGAAACUACCAGAAAUGCCAUCAAUGGGAGCCAACAACAGGUUUAA